AUGGCCCCAUCGAAGCAGAGUAUUGAGGCCCUUGGCUCUUCUGUUUCUGAUCUCACAGCGUCUCUCGCCCAUCAGCUAGAGGCUUUGAAUCAGCCAGAACCGUCAUUUGCGAUCGAUGCUCCAGUGUCCUUGCCUCAAAGCCCAGAAAUUCAAGGCACUCGACUGAAGCUGUUGGAAACCCUGGAAACGCUCCAUCACCUCGUUAUCGGUCCGAGUGACUUCUGGCACUAUCAGAGCAUGUUUCUUAACCAUUCACUCCUCGCCUUCGACGUGUUCAACAACUUCAACUUCUGGGAUUCCGUCCCUCUGAACGGUUCAGCUAGCUACGCCGACAUUGCGAAGUCAACCAACUUGCCCGAGCAGAUCGUGCGACGCAUCCUCAGAUUAGCAUUCACAAUUUUUGUUUUCGCUGAGGAAGCGCCGGGCUCCGACCGCGUGGUGCACACGGCGGCAUCAGCGCUCAUUGUGCGCAAUCCGUUCGUAAAAGCAUAUCUGGAACACAAUAUGGAGGAUGUCAGACCGGCUGCUACUGUUGGGGUCGAUGCUUUGAAGAAGUGGUUUGUUGGGGAAUCCGAGCCUCCUGAGGAUGUUGCAGCCUGCCCGAUCGCACUGGCGACAUAUGAUGGUCAUCAGAGUGGUGGAGAUCUGUGGCAACUUCUCGAAAAUUCUGAGCGACCGGGUCAGCCAAAAGGCUUUCGAGCCAAGCGUUUUGCAGAGGCAAUGCAGGGGCUUCGAAUGACAAGUGGAGUUAUGACCGAGUCUGUAUUGAAGCAGCUCGACUGGAGUAACUUGAACGAGGCAACUGUUGUUGAUCUUGGAGGAUCAGCCGGGCAUAUCAGCGUGAUUCUUGCUGAAAACUAUCCCAAGCUUGAUCUUGUUGUGCAGGACCUCGCGUCGGCGCAGUCUGCCUUCGACGAAAACAUUAACUCCACUCCCUAUGCCUCGCGCGUCAAGUUCCAGAUCCAUAACUUCUUCGAACCGCAGGUACUCCCUGCAGAUGUAUUUCUGCUCAAGUCAGUUCUGCAUGAUUGGUCCGACAAAUAUGUGUUGCAAAUUGUCCGUAACCUGCUGGACGUCCUCAAGCCAGGAAACCACUUGGUGGUUUUUGAUUUUGUCAUGCCGGAGGACUAUGACGAGGAAACGGACUCGAUGACCCCAUUGCUGGUAAGGAAGUUGGUUGCAUCGAUGGAUAUGCAGAUGUUUGUUGGCUGUAAUUCCAAGGAGCGGAAGGUGAAGGACUGGAACGACGUUAUUAAGCGAGCCGAUGACCGGUUUGAGCUGAAAGAGGUUCAUGUACCUCGUGGAUCGCCCUUGGGACUGCUUGACUUUGUGUUUCAGGGGUAG